CACAGUUCCCUAUGGGUGCCGCUAAAGGAACCGAAACUGCUUGUUGUCAAGGCCAGGACUCACUGUGCAUUUUUCACGACUAUAUAAUACACCUGCUGAUCUUCUGAGAUUUGAUUGACUGAGUUCCAGCGAAUCAACAAGCACGUCUGUUAGGUGCUUAAAGACAGAAAAGAGGACUAAUGCACCAAACAUCCCGCCACCCGGGCCUGUCCCGUCACAGACACCACCCAGGAGAAAGGGCAGAUGGCUCAUUACCAUAAAUAUGACAGUGAAAGCGAGUGCGGCCCGCCACAAGGACACUACACCCCCUAAAACACAUGUAGAAGGAGCGGUUGCUAGGAGCACGAGCCCCCUCCGUCCAGCAGGAGUGUUAGCGGGCCCUCGCUGCUCUUCUCGGGGACAGAUGGCCGAUGGGCCCCAAGGCUGGGUGUGGUCAGACACACUUUCACCGGAGUAAGAUGUUACUGCUCACAGAUCACACUUUCAGAACUUCUGAAGAGAAACUUCCUUGAUUGAAUGGGUCCAGUCAUCGGGAUGUCGCCGGAUAAGAAAGCAGAAUCCCCGGGCGUUCUGGGGGAUGGGACGGGUCUGCGCGGGGUUAGUGGGACGCUGCCCGAGGACGAGUGCGCCGCCAGCCCCCUGGCCACCAGCCUGGACCACAGCUCCAGCUCCGGAGACGAAGAGCUCACCAACCUCAACUGGCUCCACGAGAACCUGCUCCAGAACUUCACCCUGGGCGGCGUCCCCGAGGCCCAGUCCUGCCCCAGCACGCUCUUCGACAUCGAGGGCAACCACAGCUCCUCCGUCAUCUCCUCGGCCGCGCCGCACGCCGGAGAGUCCGUCAAGUCCAAGCCGCCCUUCUCCUUCUCCCUGCUCAUAUACAUGGCCAUCGAACAGUCGCCCAGCAAGUCUCUGCCGGUGAAGGACAUCUAUGGAUGGAUCCUGGAGCACUUCCCGUACUUCUCUAGCGCCCCCACUGGCUGGAAGAACUCAGUGCGCCACAAUCUGUCCCUCAACAAGUGUUUCCGCAAAGUGGAGAGGGGCCUUGGGAAGGUUAAUGGAAAAGGCUCUCUGUGGUGUGUGGACCCCGAAUACAGACCCAAUCUGAUCCAAGCCCUGAAGAAACAGCACUUUCCCACAGCCCACUCCUUCUGUACGCCCCCUGCAUCCCCUCCCAGUGCCUUCUCACCCGCACGUCACCUCUUCCUCCACGGCUGCGCUCUAAAAGAGUCUGACAUUGAUGCCGCCACUGCAAUGAUGCUCUUAAACUCAGCCCCUGGACACCACAGUGACCCAUGUGACCCGGACAGCCCCAUUGACCUCUCUCGCCCGGAUUCGGUCCUGGUGAGCAGCGACCCGAAGCAGGAUCACAACUACAGCAGCUCGUCCUUCCAGCGCUGCUCGUCUCGCUCUUCCUCAUCCUCCUCAUCCUCGCUGUCCUCCCUGGACGAGGCCGGCUGUGACUCGGGCCAGGACCGGCGCGCCGGCAGCGAGGGCUUCCACAGCGACGAGGAUUCGGAGGAAGAGAGGAACCCACGUCUGCCCUCGCUCCCCAUCCGUCGCCCGCUCACCGUCAAGUGCCCUCUUCCGGUUAAACGAGCCCGGCACGAGUCCAAACCGGAGCUGGACGAGGAGCUGAAGGAGGCGGCCGGGUCUCUCUUGCACCUGGCCGGGAUCCGGUCCGGCUUGGAUCUCUCGAAGCGAACGGCCAAGAGCAAAAAGCCGGAGAAGCGUCGGAAAUGAAUCGCUUUUAGAGAAACACAUUUUAACCCCUAGACUGUGUAUCAGUGAAUGUGCCUCCUCAUUUUUCACAUCAUUCAAACCUUUCUUUAUUUUCGUUUUUUUUUUUUUAUAUACGAGAGAAUUCCCAUCCCGGACUCAAACUACGGCAAUACGCUGAGCUGAACGAAGCCAUACUGAGAAGCUUACGGAGAAACGCAGGUUGUCGUGCUUCAGGAUUUCUCGGAUUGGGAGAAACUGCUGUUUUUUUUUUCUCUUAAACGUUUGCAUGCUUCCUCUUUCAGUGAGUGUCCUACUCUUCCAAGUGCUUCUGUGGUAUUUAUACAGAGAACGAGUGCAUGUCAGUGUGGUUCGAAGCACUAACCUCUCGUCAUCCACUUUAUAUUUGAGAAUUACGUCAAGAAUUCCCUGCCUUUUUUUUUUUUCAUGUACUGAACAAAGAAAUGCAAUAAUUGUCAUCAGGCGGCAGGCGUUACAUUCGUUCUCUUCAUCAGAGGCGCUGGAUAUGUUUUGAGCAGAUGCAGAAAGAAUGCAAGGAUUACUUUGUCAUGUUUGGUGAUGUUUAUAUGGGAAAAUCUCCUGAAUAUAGGGCACACUUCACUCCAGAAUCAAAAGAAAAAUAAAUAUGAUUUGCAUUUAAAUUAAACCUGGCACAUUUUCUUCAGAAUUCAAAAUUUUCUUAAUUAAAAAUACUGUAAUAUGGUAUUUUUUUGUGCUAUAUAUUUUUUUUUUUUUUUUUUGGUAGCGCAUCAGAUGUCACCAUGCUGUGAUAUUUAUUAAUACUGUAAUAUGAAAAAAAUAAAUAAUCAAAGCUGUUUUUACUAAUUGGAGUUGGAACGUACAAUAACUGCAAAUAAAACUUGUGAACUACAGUAACCUUUUUAGUUUUUAAAAGUCAGCAAACAAUUGGCUUAAAACCAACACAAAAUUUGCUACCAUGAUGUAUUUUAACUUUUGCAAAAAUGCAAAUAAAUAAUAAUAAUAAUUAAUAACAGUACUAAAAUAGGUUUAUUUUUUAUUUAUUUUUAUUUUUAAAAAAUUGUCACAAUUGCCAUUAAUGUAAUUUUUUUAAAUUGCAAUUGCAUUUUAUUUUUAUUUUUUUGGUACCACAUCAAUUCUGAAUAAAUGCUUGUCUUAAAUUUCCAUUUUUAAAUAGGCAAAAAAAAAAUACAAUAAUUUCCACCUUAAUGUUAUUUUUAAUAUAAAUGCUUAGUUGUCAUGAAAAUGUUACAAUCCAAAAUUCAAAACAAAAAAAAAGUAUAAUAAAAUGAUAAUAUUAAUAAAUAAUAAUAAUUAUUAUAACAGUACUAAAAUAUACCUUUAAUUAAGAAUAUUAAUUCUUAUUUGUUUUUCUUGUUUUGGAGUGAAAUAUGACCUGAACAUGUUCAUGUCAGAUUUAAUGAGAUUUUCAGUGAGCCUUUAACAAAUUUAAAAAGUGAAAAUUCACGACUGCAUGACUGGAAUCAAAGCCUAAUCUUGAAUAUAUCAACACAAGAUCAAGAUCCGUGUCCGUCAGCGUUAGGAUAGGCUCUGUCCAGAGCCUAUGCAAAAAACGAAAGCCGUGUAGCUCUGUGUUUCCUCUGUGUGUGUGUGUGAUUAUGUAUGUGUGUGUUUCUGUGCACAUUUUAGCGUGUUUUAACGCAGUCCGCAGACUCUGGGCGAUCAACACUGGAUUUAAACCAUUUACACCUUGAGCUCAAGACUGUGGAUGAAGAUGUAGAGAUACAGAAAAGGUCAUAUUUCACCUCAAAAUCAAACAGAAAAAUAGGAUAUUAUAUUUUGUAUUAAGAAAAUGUAGAUUGAUAUUUUUAUCUUUCAUGACAACAUUAUU